GCUUCUGUAAAGGAGGUGGCUCGUUGUUGCGUAAGCACGCUAGUGUGUGAGUUUGCGCGUUAGCUGAGUGCUGCUGCGUGGAUGAUGGCUGCGUCGAAGCCAGUAGAGCCUCAGUCCGCGAGUGGGCUCCCCCGCUGGCAGCUGGCACUCCUAGUAGGGACACCGAUCGUCCUUGGCGUCGGAGCUGUUUAUCUGUGGAACCGAAGUCGCAGCAAAGAAAAGCAAGGGAAAAAGAAUGGAGAGAGGAAAACUCCUGAAGGAAGCGCUAGCCCUGUCCAGGGCCAGCACGGAGCGACUAACCCAGAGCUGGAGAACAUGAGUCCCCUUGACAGAGCACAGUCUGCCAAGAAUAAGGGCAACAAAUACUUCAAGGCUGGCAAAUAUGAGCAGGCCAUCCAGUGCUACACAGAAGCCAUCAGCCUAUGUCCCAAAGAACAGAAAGGAGAUCUAUCCACCUUCUACCAGAAUAGAGCUGCAGCCUACGAGCAACAGAUGAAAUGGACAGAAGUGAUACAGGAUUGUUCUCAGGCAGUCGAGCUGAAUCCUUGCUAUGUAAAAGCCCUUUUUAGGCGUGCCAAAGCACUGGAAAAACUGGAUAACAAGAAGGAAUGCCUAGAAGAUGUGACAGCAGUAUGUAUUCUGGAGGUUUUUCAGAACCAGCAGAGUAUGCUACUGGCAGACAAGGUGCUGAAACAGCUUGGAAAAGAGAAGGCCAAAGAGAAAUACAAGAACCGGGAGCCCCUUAUGCCAUCUCCUCAGUUCAUCAAGUCCUACUUCAGCUCCUUUACUGAUGACAUCAUCUCACAGCCCCUACAGAAAGGUGAAAAGAAGGAUGAGGAUAAAGACAAAGAGGGUGAGGCCUCAGAGGUCACAGGAAGCUCAGGCUACCUAAAGGCUAAGCAGUACAUGGAGGAGGAGAACUACGAUAAGAUCAUCAGUGAGUGCACAAAGGAAAUUGAGUCUGGAGGCAGGUACACAGCUGAAGCUCUUCUGCUGAGAGCCACCUUCUACCUGUUGAUUGGCAAUGCUACAGCUGCACAGCCUGACCUUGACCGUGUCAUUAACAUGGACAAUGCCAGUGUCAAGUUGCGUGCUAAUGCGCUAAUUAAACGUGGAAGCAUGUACAUGCAGCAGCAGCAACCCCAGCUCUCCACGCAGGACUUCAACAUGGCUGCAGAGAUUGAUCCCCGUAAUGCAGACGUCUACCACCACAGGGGACAGUUGAAGAUUCUGCUGGAUCAGGUGGAGGAGGCUGUGGGAGAUUUUGAUGAGUGUAUAAAACUUAGACCAGAUUCUGCACUUGCCCAGGCCCAGAAGUGCUUUGCAUUGUACCGACAGGCAUACACUGGAAACAACCCAUCCCAGGUACAGAAAGCUAUGGAUGGCUUUGAGGAUGUCAUUAGGAAGUUUCCAAAGUGUGCUGAGGGCUAUGCUCUGUAUGCACAGGCACUAACUGACCAGCAACAGUUUGGUAAGGCUGAUGAAAUGUAUGAUAAAUGUAUUGAACUAGAGCCUGACAACGCCACAACAUAUGUCCACAAAGGUCUGUUGCAGCUUCAAUGGAAGCAAGAUCUGGAAAUGGGGCUUGAACUCAUAAGCAAAGCCAUUGAGAUUGACAACAAAUGUGACUUUGCUUACGAAACUAUGGGAACCAUUGAAGUCCAAAGAGGCAAUCUGGACAAGGCUAUAGACAUGUUCAACAAGGCCAUCAACUUGGCCAAGUCAGAGAUGGAGAUGGCCCAUCUCUACUCCCUCUGUGAUGCUGCUUAUGCCCAGACAGAGGUGGCCAAGAAGUAUGGGCUCAAGCCUCCCACGCUAUAACUCUUGCUUCUUUUCUCCACUCUCUACUGCCGGGCCAGAGUACACAUCUCAUAACCUAAGUUUGAUAUUUUUUUUCUUUAUUUUUUUUUACUUCAUCAUAAAGAUGAUCAUUAUCAAUGAAAAGGAAGCCCGAACAUGUUCUGCUACUACAUGUUUACACCAAUUUUGAGGACUGGAAGGUGGCAGAGAAAAUGGAGGAGCAGCAAAAGGAAACAAGAAAAUGCAAAAAAAAAAAAAAAAAAAAAAAAGACUGAUAGCUGCUGUGUUAGAUAUAAAAUCAUCAGUGGCAUAGUUCAAAUCCUCCCUCAUUGAGUAUGGCUUAGACUAUCUUAUGACUUACAAACGGCACUCAUUUGUUCAUGUUCAGCCUCCCCUGCCAAUUGGUUUGACAGAUGUCUUCAUUCGGUAAUUAUUUCUUUUUCUUUUUUUCUCUCUCCAAAACACCAGAUUCACUACGUUAAAUCAGUGUUUACCAUCAGCAGGACUGCAUUAUGUAUUCAUGGUUUGAUGCUGUAAUGUGCGUAAGCUUCGUCCUUUCACUGUCACAUCUUAGCAACCUUAUUUGCAUUUUUUGUUGUAUGGGAAAUGCAGGAUUAAAGUUUUAGUUGAUGUUUUUUGUGUUAUAAAUCUGUAUGUUCUUGUUGUGUGAUGACACUGUAAGAAGGGGAUUAUAUCGAGGAAAGGUUUGACAUUUGGCCAUACAGUUCUUCAUUUUUGUGUGCAUUUUUAUCUUAAAUUUUUGAUUUUUUUAAUCUAUAUAAAUAUUCUGUGCAGCAAUGAGAAUUUUUCUUUAAAUAUAAAUGUCAAUACACAAAGUUACAUCCUACAGAUAUUCAACUGACACAAAAAUAAGAGACAAAUUGCACAUUAUUUAAUGUUGUAUAAGAUAAUAUAACUAAAGUAAUUUAAAACCUUCUUAGCCCUGUAUAAGAAUUUUGCUGUGAAGUCACCUUGCCCAUCUUAUAAAACUGAGGCACUAAAAUGUUAAAUGUUAAAAACAUAGCUGUGAGAAACAUAAUGUUGCAUAUUUGUGCAAAAACAUAAAUGAACCUAGAAACAUUAAGAAUCGCCAAAAUUACAUUCCUCUCAUUUUGUGUUUAAAACUGCACAUAUCUGAUUUUAUUUGUUUAAUUCCUCUGUGAAAUAAAAAUGUCAUUGAGGGGUAUAUUUGAAGAAUGGCUCCCUUCUUGAAAAAUAUAAAUGCAGGAAAAUAAAACAAACACCUUGCAUUUAGCAUCUAUAUAUAUAUAUAUAAUAUGAAACAUUCAUAGAUUGGUAGUUACAAGAGUUGGUUAUAAAUCCUUUUUUUUUCAAGAAUGAUUUUUUAAAAUCAUUUUUAAUAAAAGACAGUAAAUUAUUUUUCCUUGAGCAUUGCAACUAUGAUUUCUUCGCUAUCUGCAUUCAUUCAGAAAUUAGAGAAGUUCAUUUCUAUAUUUUAUACUAUUUACCUGCUUUAAGUUGAUUUCAGUAUCAAAACAACAAAAUGGCAUUGCUGUCUUUCAAAUGUGGAUUGCUUAAAAUAUUUUCCCUUAUUGAAGCUCUAUUUUAAAACCACUGUUGACUGAAUGUGUAACAGUAUAGGGCUUGGACUUUCGCCUGCCCAGUUUACAGGGAAAAAAAGGAUGUGAUCAAUUGCCUAUGCAUGUACAAAUUAAGCGUUGCCUAAUGUAGAUGUUUACAUGUUUGUUUAUUUUCUUUUUUCCAAUCAAUUAAUAAUGGAUUUACAGACCAAUAUUGAUGGAACAAGUCAUUCCAGUCAUUCUGCUGCAUGUUUGAAGAUCAUAAUAAAUGAUUGUUUUAAAAUAAAUUACAAUGCAAGCUAAUUGGCACAACCUAAAGGUUUAAAAUGAAUUUGUUGUUCUGAAUCUGUUGAAAGUAGCUGUGCAAAAAAAAAGAAAAAAGAAAAGAAACGGAAAAAUGUGAUGUCGCUAAAGUUUACUUGUGUAAUAUUAAUGUAUGAUACCCUAAAAUAAACAAGUUGUCCACAGUUAUUCAUAAA